AUGAGUGUUCAACGAUUGCAAUUUGAGUGAGUUUUUUUUUGAAUUUUUUAAAUUUAUGCCAAUUUUUUUGCAGAACAAAAUAUGACCUCGAAUAUAUACUAGAGAACAAGCUCAACAUGAUCAAGUUAUGGAAUAUAAAAGAUUGAUACAGAUUUGCAUUGAGUCAUCAUUCCAAGAUAAAGUGAGUUAUAUGCAUAUCACGCCCAGCUUUGUGAAAAUUAUUUUUUUUUGAAAUUGGCCUAUUAUAAUCAGAGAAUUGCUUGUUUUCAAUUAAAAAAUAAAAAUGUGAUUUUGCGAGUUCCAAAAUUGCAGCCGUGCAAAAUGGGCGUGGUGUGGAUAUGUGCAUUGAUUUUUUGAAACUUAAUCAACUUUUCAGGUAAAAGCUUUAAUAGCUCUUUUGCCAUUACUCAACUUGACAAUUAUAUCUUUUCGUGAUUUGAGCGCUGUGAAAAUUUCAACGAAAAUAUUCAAGCGACUUGAUAGCAAGACACAAUUAGUAUGUUUCAAACUGUUCUGUUAUCAUCAUAAUGGUUUUUUUUAGGUGUUUUCAAAACAAUUUCUUCAAACUUGCAGUCACCCUGUCCUUGGAGAAUUCCUUUUUGCGAAUUCAACUAUUUUCAAUAUAUCUAAUGAAACAGUUGGCAACCUUCAGGACACAUUUAAUUCCAAUCCAAUUAGUGUUAUGGAGUUGUUAGAAACUAUAAAAAAUGGAACACUUUCUAUUGAUCGAAUCGAUAUCGUCAGUUUAAUUUUUUUUUUGAUUUCUGAUUUUUUGGCUAAAUAUUGUGUCUUUUCAGGAAUUGGAUCAGAUCCCUUGUUGCGACGAAAUCUCGAUUUUAAUGCAAAAACAUAUUUCCAAAAGAGAUGCCGCUAUCUUCAUAUUCAAAUAUAAAGAUUCGUUGGCAGUCAUUGAUUUUAUCCGGUGAGUUUCAACUUUUUCUGAGAAAAAUAUAAAUCUAUAUUAUUACAGUUUAUUAACUCAAAGAAAACGAGAUUUAAAAACACUCGAAGCUGAAUAUGCGGAUUUUGUUAUGCCGCGAAAUAACGAAGAAUAG